GAGAAAACCGGAGAACGCACCCUGAGACAAUCAAUUUACGGACGGAGAUUCUCCUGUGCAUAAUCGCAUCUGUUUAUUCAAUUGAAUUUUGUUGGUUCUCGUGUUGGUGGUUGGGUUUGAAGGGCCUUUUCCGCUUUGCGUCUCAGCCAGCGCAAGCCGCAACCAUGACGAGCAUAGAUGAGCUUUUUAAGAAACCAUCCUCCGCAGCAAGCGCCAAGCGCAAACUCAAUUCCGCGAGAGAUCCGACCGAGUUCUAUAAGGCGGCUAAGCUCGAUGCGGAAGACGAUGUGAAAUCAAAGGGAAAGGCGCCCAUGGUGCAGGAUGAAGGCGAUGAGGAGGAUGACUACGCUGGCCCCGAACUACCUCCCGACUUCGACGCCGAGGAUAUUCCCGAUGACGAAGAAGGACGCUUCUUUGGUGGCGGCAUGGAACGCCAAACAGCCCAGGCCAUGCAAUAUAUUGAUCAGAAUGAGGAGGCAGAUGCUGCGCCCGAGAAAUUCGACGUUGCCUGGCUCCGACGGUUCGCGCUCAACUUCGAAAAGAAGAUAUCCAAGAACGCCGAACUCCGCGGGAAGUUUGAGAAUGAUCCCCAAAAAUUCAUGGCCUCCGAGGCAGAUCUAGACACUGAGAUCAAGAGUCUCUCCAUCCUGUCCGAACACUCCGAAUUGUAUAGCGAGUUCGCGAAUCUGGGCUGCGUAGGCUCGCUUAUGUCGCUGCUAUCACACGAGAAUGCUGAUAUCGCAAUUGAUGCGAUCCAGAUCAUUGGUGAGCUAACGGAUGAGGAUGUCGAGGCCGAGCAGGAUCAAUGGGACAGCCUGGUCAACGCAAUGUUGGACGCCGACCUUAUCGAGCUUCUAGCGCAGAAUCUGACAAGACUUGACGAAGAAUCCGAGGUUGACAGGGCAGGGGUGUACUAUGCACUGAAUGUUUUGGAAAACCUUGCCUCGCAAUCCCUAAUCGCAGAGAAGAUAGGGCAAGACCCAAACCUGCUACCAUGGCUUAUCUCUCGUAUACAGAAGAAGGAAAGACCAGUGAGCCAAAACCAGCAAUAUGCAGCGGAGAUACUGGCUAUUCUUCUACAAGCUACUCCCAAGAACAGGGAGAAGUUCGUUAGCCAGGACGGCGUUGAAGUCCUCCUUCAAUUGCUUAGUGCAUAUCGCAAGCGUGAUCCCGAGAAAGACUCCGAUGAGGAGGAAUAUGUCGAGAACUUGUUCGGAUGCUUGAACUAUCUCGUGAAUGAGGAUUUCGGGAAGGAAAAGUUCUUGGAAGCUGAAGGUAUCGAACUUGCGCAGAUCAUGUUGAAGGAAGGCAAGUUCAGCAAGCAACGGGCUUUACGACUCUUGGACUAUGUCCUAGGCGGAAUAUCAGGUGCUCCUGCGUGUGAGCGCUUCGUCGAGGCAGCAUGCUUAAGUACAGUGUUUGGAAUGUUCAAGAGAAAGCAAGACAACCAGACGACUGAGCAUCUGCUGGGCAUUUUCGCUUCCUUGUUGCGUCUACUGCCAGGAGGCUCUGCACCACGGAUCCGCACUCUGGCGAAAUUCAUGGAGAAGGACUACGAGAAGAUUGAAAAGCUCGUCAAGCUGCGACGGGAGUGUGCGUCGAGACUAUCGCCGGUCGAGCAGGCUAUUGAGAAGGAACGGAAAAGCUUCACGCAAGAGGAACAAGAGAUCAUGGAAACCGAUUGGCUUUCACGACGGCUCGAUGCCGGUCUAUUCUCCUUACAGCUUAUUGAUGUCAUUCUGGCCUGGUUGGUGGCUGAAGACGACGGGGCGAAACAGAAAAUCGUGGCUCUCCUGGCUGACCGCGACGAGAACUUGUCGCUUGUGCGACGAACACUACAAGAGCAAGCGGAAGGGCUCUCUGAAGAUGAGCCUGGCGAAAAGGACAGUAAGGAGAUGCUGGAGACGUUGUUACAAUUCCUGUAGUAUAGUAACAUACAAUGACGAGAAGUCAC